AGAAGACUUGCUGCAAUGAUCCAGAAAGUUUGAUCUACUGUUUUGGUGAUGGAGCUAAAGGUCUGGGUGGAUGGUGUCCAGCGGGUUGUAUGUGGUGUCUCCGAACAGACCACAUGCCAGGAGGUUGUCAUAGCAUUGGCACGUGCCAUUGGUCAAACAGGUCGCUAUGUUCUCAUCCAAAGACUACGUGAGAAAGAGAGGCAGCUUCUCCCACAUGAAUGCCCUGUGGAGUCCAUGGCCAAGUGCGGACAGUAUGCCAAUGAUGUGCAAUUCAUAUUGCAGCGCACAGGCCCCAGCCUCACUGAGAGACCUUCUUCAGACAGUGCUCCCCAGGUACCUGAGAGGACGUUUGUCAGGGCUAGCCUGCCCAUCAAACCCAGGCCGGUCGGCACAGAAGUGCCCAGGCCCAGGCAGCCCAAAAAAUCCUUAACCUUCAAUUUGGGCCCUAUGGCCUCCAGUGACCUGCUUGCCAAGAACAAGCUGAAGCAACACAAAAAGGACAACGUGGGCUGGAGGGAAGGUGCUAGUGGGGGCCUGCUUUCCAAAGAGGAACUGUUCAAGACUGUACUGCACCAACAGGAGCAUCUCUACUCCCUGGAGAUGCAGGGGGGUGCCUUGGAAAUGGACCUCCGGCACUGGGAAUACAACAGAGGCUCCUGCCAGGAGGACGAGAUCCUGCACCUGGAGCAGCUGAUUCAGCAAAACGAGAGUGAGCUGGGUGAGGAAGGGUUUUGGCAGAGUGAACUGCGCUCAGAGAAGGAGUGCGAAAGGGAGCGUCAGGAGAAAGUCCACACCCUGCGGGCCACCAUGGAGGAGUACACGCAAAAAAUACAUGAGCUUAUGGUGAAAACGGAGGCCUUGGAGAGAGAAAUCCAGUGGGAGAUUUCUGAGAGGGCCAAGAGGGCAAAGGAAGCCCCGAGGCAGAGCCCUGCUGAACUAGAAGAAAUGGCAGCUAAAAUGAAAAGGGAUCUGGAAGCUAAGGCCAAGCAGAGUGCCCAUCUGGAGAGCAGCCUGGAAACUGUGGGGAAGGCCUUGGAGGAAGCGGAGCAAAGCCUUCAGGCCCAGAACCAAGAGCUGGAGGAGCUAAAUAAGGAGCUGAGGCAGUGUAACUUGCAGCAGUUCAUCCAGCAGACAGGAGCCAUGGUGACUUCCCCACAGCCCAGAUCAGAAGCGGAACCCCAGCUGGAUGAAACCAGCCCUGAGCUGCUGGCUCACCAGAGAACCAGAGGUUGGAACACAACUCAAAGGAUCUACUUGAGCCCAGCACAGAUUCACCUCCCCGAGCCACAGCCAAGCAGUUCCUCGGCAAUCCACGAAACCUUCAGAACCCCCUGGUGUCCAGCUUGAACCCUGAGGUCAUGUCAACAAAGCAGAGCAUCUGGAGGUAAAAAGGCCAGCCAAGGAGGACUGAUUGCCUUGCGAGUAUAACUGUAUAGAAAUAAAACCCUAUUUCAUGUAUGUAUUUGACUUUUUAUCAUGGAUGGAUAUAGAAGGUUGUGCAAAAUAUUUUUACAGACUUUUUUU